AACAAACGGAUUGCAUCAUUCGAAGGUGUAACAGCUGUUACCGAUCAGUUUUGACUUUCAGCUGUGAAAUAGUUGGUGUUUUGUGUUAAUGUAAUUAAGAGGUCAACACAAUUAACAUUUCACAAGUGAGAAAAAAAAUGAGUGACACUAAAGAAAAACGAUCCAAAAGUGAAGGUAAAAUACAAGCAGGGAGUCUGAGUCGCUUUCCCAAUGAAAACAAUCGUAGUAUACCCGAUAUAGCAGCCAAUGUACCUCUCAUGGAAUCCUCAAAUAAUGAGCAGAGAGGAACUGAAAAAUAUCAUGAUGAGAGUGAGAUGGCUGCAGGGAAGAAAAAUAAAUGGGGUGUGGCAUAUUAUAAGCAGGAGUACCCUGAGAGGGACCUGGAGGAUGAUGUGAACCCUAAUGAACAGUUGGUCCAGGAUGUGUCCAGUACUGCUGUCCUUACCCCACUGGACGAUGACCUUGUGGGCGAGGUCAAAGAGCUGGAGGACCGUGGUAACUGGUCAGGACGAUUUGAUUUCCUCAUGUCCCUCCUGGGGUAUUCUGUAGGGCUGGGAAAUGUAUGGAGGUUUCCCUAUCUAGCUUACAGCAAUGGAGGAGGAGCGUUUGUGUUUCCUUUUGUGCUGAUGUUACUACUGCUAGGAAUCCCUCUCAUGUUUCUGGAGCUGGCCCUGGGACAGUAUGCUGCUCUAGGACCCUCUGUUGUCUUUGACAGACUCUGCCCACUGUUUCAUGGCAUUGGUUAUGGAAUGAUCAGUGUAUCUGGAAUAGUUUCUUUAUACUAUACAGUCAUCAUUGGCUGGUGUAUUCUAUAUCUCUUCACAUCCUUUACAAGUGAACUGCCAUGGGAAAAAUGUCACCCUGAAUGGGCCACAGAACAUUGCUAUUCCUACAAGGAUGCGGAUUCAUGCCAUGAAGUUCCAGGUCAAGUUUACUAUAAACAGGUCUGCUACAAUGCCACGGUAGCUAUGGAGCGGAAUCUCAGUCUUCUGGCCAGCAACGUCACAAAGCAUGCCCCUGCUCAGGACUUCUUUGAGCGCGGUGUCCUAUCUCAGUCUGGUGGUAUCGAGGACAUUGGAGUUCCACAGUGGAAAAUCACCCUGUGCUUGCUUUGUGCUUGGUUAAUGACUUUUGGAGCCCUCAGCAAAGGUGUCAAAUCUACUGGAAAGGUUGUAUAUUUCACUGCCCUGUUCCCCUAUGUUGUGCUGUUUAUUCUGUUUUUCCGUGGAGUUACAUUACCCGGAGCCGCUGAUGGCAUCGUCUACUACCUUACACCGAGAUUUGACAAACUGGGGGAGGCCAAGGUAUGGUCAGAUGCUGCAGCUCAGAUCUUCUUUGCCCUCAGUCCUGCCUGGGGUGGACUUAUAACACUGUCCAGUUACAAUCAGUUUCACAACAACUGCUUCAAGGAUUCCCUGAUUGUUGGCAUUGGAAACAUCUGCACCAGUAUAUUUGCUGGCUUUGUCAUCUUUUCCAUUAUUGGCUACCUGGCCCAUGAGCUUCAGAUGCCAAUUGACAAAGUUGUAGAUCAAGGUGCUGGACUGGCAUUCAUCGUCUACCCUGAUGUCGUCACCAGGUUACCUAUCUCACCAUUGUGGUCUAUACUGUUCUUCAUCAUGAUGAUCACUCUGGGUAUGGGAAGUGAGUUUGCCUUGCUGGAGACAAUGAUGACUGCUGUACAAGAUACCUUCCCACAACUGAGAGCCAAGAAAACUUACGUGGUAGCUGUGGUGUGCUGCAUUGGAUUCCUGGGCGGCCUGUCUGUAACUUGUAACGGAGGGAUGUACAUUCUACAACUGAUGGACAACUACGUGUCUAGUUGGUCAGUCUUCUUAAUGGCAGCACUGGAGAGUAUAAUAAUUGGAUGGAUUUAUGGUGGAGACAGAUUCAUUCAAGAUAUAGAGAUGAUGAUUGGAGUUCGGGGACCACAUUUUCAAAGAUUCUUUAAACUCUUCUGGAAAUUCCUGUCACCCAUGACUCUAGGAUUUGUAUUUCUGUUCAACUUGAUCCAGUACAAGCCUUUGGAGUUUGGAGAUUAUAUAUACCCAAUGUGGUCUAAUGGUAUUGGAUGGGUUCUCUCAUUAAUGCCUAUCAUCUUCAUCUCAACCAUUGCAAUUAGCAAAAUUCUUAAGGCACCCAAGGAUAAGUCUAUUUUGGAGAGAGUGAGGCUGCUGUUAAAGCCGACCCCUGCCUGGGGACCAGCACACAAAGUGCCGACCUUUGACAUCAAUGAGCCAGAUGAGGGGAUUAUUUCCAAUCCUAACUUCAAUACCGUUAUACCAAACUAUGACCCUAAUGAUCCAAAAGUGUAAAUCUCUUCAUUACAAUUGGUUAGAAAAUUCUGUAAGAAGAUUGGAAAAAAGUCUUUGCUCAACCUCAGAAGUGAGAGUGUAUUUCAAUGCAAGAUUUUGGUGUAUUAUUUUGCUAACUAUCAGUGGAUUAUUUGACUGUUUUCUUCUUUUAAAUGUUACCUGUGAUUCAUUGUUGAACAUCUUAUUUAGUGCUUUAUUUUAAAAUCCAGUUUUUAAAAUGAUUUUACAAUUUUUGCUUUUAAAAAAUAUUUUUUACAUUGUUUUGGCUUUUAAUUAGUUGAUGCAUACUUUGUUAAUGGUAUUAGUUACCAGAAAUUGUUAGGAAUACUUUUUCUUGUUAAGAAUGAAUUUUCAGACUAGAUCUCUGUGAAAGAGCUAGAAAACUUAAUUUGGUUUUCUGUGAUGCUUUGAUUAUUAUUGAGGUACAAAUUUUUAUUUAUUUUGUAUCUAUUAAAACAUGACUGUAUUUGUGUUCAUUGUGGGAUUAAGUGUACAAUUUAUACUGUUUGCAGAUAAAUUUUAGAAUUAUUUUCAGCCUUUGCACCCAAUCUUUUUUUUUAAUCAAAUUCAUAAUCACUGUUCAAUGAACAUGCAUUAUUUUGGCAGCUUUUUAUGAUCUUUACUGAGUACACAGAAUUGUCAGUCACUGCUGCUGAGAGAAGGCAUUGUAAAGAAACUGUUAAGAAUCUAUGACAUAUUAUUUUUCAUUGUCUAUGGAAUUAUGGUUUGAUUUUAUUUUAAUUUGUGCUCUGUUUGUUAGAGGAUUUUUUUGUAUUAACAUAUACAUGUGCAUAUAUCAUUUGAAAAAGUUAAAAAAAAAUAAGACCAAUAAAAUAUUGGAUUCCAUUCGAUCAAAUGUAUUUAUUUGUGCCGCGAAUUGAGUGCUACUAUAUUUUUGGGUUUAAAGUUUUGCUGUGUUCUUAGAUAUUACUCAUGCAUAUUAUGAUGUAAUAUUUUCAUUGAAAAGUCUGCAUUAAUAGUUUUAUUUUCUGCUCUUAGUUGCUUUAGGUAUGUGGUGCCAAAUUUUCAAGUGCUUUUUUAUGUGUGUAAUUUUUUGGGAAGGGUUGGGGGGACAUUCAAUCCAAUCAAAUUAUUUUUCUGCACAGUUUUUUUUUUUUUUUUUUUUUU